CUAYGUGGUUAUAGCCGARUUARCAACAGCGCGCCAGCCGUUUCUUCUUUCGGAAUUUGGAUUUUGWCGCCAAGUGCAGCCAACUAGUACUAUAAAAUUAAUCACUAAACAGUAGAAUUGUCGUGUGCUUCUAGUCUUAUUUAUAACAAAUGAUGUUAAGUAGUGAAACAAGWACACCGUCCAUUGCUAAACAAAAAACACAGCAAAGCAAUAACACCACUAAUUUAAGUUCGAAGAAAAAUAUCAAGAGUUUGCAUGAAUUAUUUUUGGAAAUACUAGACGCAGUGCUAUCAUGUGUCAUAGUGGCACCAUGCGUAAUCGCCUAUUGGCGAGGAACUUGGGAGCUGAUGGGUGUUUUAUUGUUUCCACGAAGCAUGCCGCUAUCUGCGCUCACGUCCUUUUUGAUUGGUCUUUCGGGUCACUUCAUCUUUACAAUCACGCAAUCGUGUUUUCGAAGAUACAUCAACCCUGAUAAGCGCCGCCUUACCUAUUACGUACUUUCGCGAAGCUAUACAGCUUUAUUUGGCAUCGUAUGUGUGAAUAUGUGGCGCGGUUCGUGGAUAUUAUGCGUAUGGCUCACCAGUGCGGACUCCUUAAUAAUUAUUGCCGCCGUAACGCUAGUGUCUUUGAUGUUUUUAAUUGCAACACGGACUGUUCGAAACCUGAGCGCCGCACCUUAUGUCGUUGCCACGGACCAUAAAAGUGAUUAUUUCGACGUUGACACUAUGUUUAAAAUACCACACCAGAAACUAAAAACCAGCUMCAACGAAUUUUUUCUGCUCUUCAACGAGGCUAUUGAGUCCUAUAAACCAGAAUGGGAACCCAUGUAUACCGACGGGCCGAAAACGGAUACUACUACCACGUUUGCGGUGUCAAACGAUCAGGGUGUCGCUAUUACGGUCGGUGCUUUGCCAACAUAUUGCUCGCAUACAGCAGAAGCUGCAGCAAUUUACGAAGCGGUUCUAUUCGCCUCAUCAACAGGAGACAAACAUACAAUAUGUAGCGAUAGUAAAUCAACCAUUGAUGCACUUUAA